GACUAGUUGGCCAUCAGUUAGAACUCCUUAAGUAUUUGUAGUCUUUUCGAAAAUCAAAAUUUCAAGAUGCUCGCACCUAAUGUUCAUGUUACGCCAACGGAGCUGAUUAGCAGCCUUGAAUUGUCAGGUGAGAAGGAGCUCGACGAGCAAAUCAAGAAGUGGAUCCUGUGGGACAGGAAUGCGGCGACGCUGAAGCAAGUGGUCGAUGCCGUCAAGGAGAAGGAUUGGGAGGCUCUGCGGACCCGUCUUUGUCGCUAUAAUUUCUUUGCAACGGCAGGAAUGAGAUCCGGAAUGCGAGCGGGAUUUGACUCCAUUAACGAUCUGGUCACAAUAGAAAUGGCCCAGGGGUUGAGCCAAUAUCUGCAGGACGUUUAUCCCAAUGUGGUCAAGCGGGAGUCACAGGGUGUCGUCAUCGGCUACGAUGGACGCUACAAUGGCAAACGCUUCGCCCAGCUCAUUGCGACAGUCUUCCUUAAUACCAACUUUCGGGUGUGUCUCUUCGGUCGAAUGACUCCCACUCCGUUCGUUUCCUUUGCUGUGGUGCACCUGAAGUGCCUGGCCGGGAUUGCGGUCACUGCAUCCCACAAUCCAAAGAGCGAUAAUGGAUUCAAGGUCUUUUGGAGCAACGGUGCUCCCAUUAACAUGCCUCAUGACAAGAACAUACAGGACGCCAUGAUGAAACGCAUGGAGCCCCUUCCUUCGUCCUGGGAUCUAUCGGUGCUCGACGAUCAUGCCCUGCUGGUAGAUCCCUUCCGCGAAGUCUAUCCGGCGUACUAUGAGGCCAUGAAGAAACUUCUCCCGUACACCUUUGUGGAGACGAACGAGUGCAGUCAGCUGCGUUUUGUCUACACUCCCCUACACGGCGUGGGUUUUCAAUAUGUCCGCGAGGCGUUCUAUCAAGCUCGACUUAAACCUCUCAUUCCGGUAGUACGGCAAAAGGAUCCGGAUCCCGAAUUUCCCACCACUAGUUUUCCAGAUCCCAUUGAGGGAAAGGAUUCCUUGAACUUGGCUAUACGGAAAGCUGAGGAAGAGCAUUGUACGAUUAUUUUGGCCAAUGAUCCGGACGCGGAUCGUCUGGCAGUGGCUGAGCUUGACCCAAAAGGCAGAUGGAAGGUAUUCAAUGGCAAUGAGCUGGGUGCUCUGCUUGGCUGGUGGGCCCUGGAGAGCUACAGGACCCGAACCACCAAGCCCAAUGUGCCCAACUGCGUGAUGUUGGCCAGCAAUGUUAGCUCAAAGAUUCUGGCAGCCAUGGCCAGAGCCGAGGGCUUCAUAUUCAUCGAGACGCACGUGGGCUUCAAGUGGAUGGCCAACAAGGCCUUGGAACUACAGGGACUUGGCCGGACGGUGCUCUUCGCUUUCGAACAGCCAAUUGGGUAUAUGUUCUCCCUGAAUGUACCGGAUAAGGACGGCAUUAAUGCUGCCUGCCAAGUGGCUACCAUGGCCAGCUUUUUACGAAGCACUCGCAACGUGACAUUAAUCGAGAAGCUGCGAGAGAUUUACGACACAUAUGGCUACCAUGCGACCAUAUGCAAUUCUUUAACCUAUGACAAACCCAAAGCAAUAACUCAAAUGUUCGAUAAACUGCGCCGUUUCGAGGACAACCUGCCCGGCACAUAUCCCAAAUGCAUUCUGAACGGUGAGUUUGAGGUUGCGAGCGUGCGAGAUCUAACCACAGGCUUGGACACUUCAUAUCCGGAUCGCAAGGCUCGCCUGCCCUCCAUUCCCAGUAAGCAGUUUAUCACCUUUACCUUCAACAACGGCAUGACGAUCACCUUCCGCGCCAGUGGUAGCGAACCCAAGCUCAGGUACUACUCGGAAUUGUUCGGUCUGCCCGAGGAGAAGGAGUGGGACGAGAUCAAUGAUACGCUGCGUCGUAUGACCGAUGCCGUUAUCACGGAGUUUAUCCAGCCCUCUCAGUAUGGCUUGUCCUAGAUGAAAAUCAAUACUAUUAUAUUCAUUAUUCUUUGAUAACAUUAUGAAAUUUGCCAAGUAAAGUCUUUAAAUUAUGUUCCAUCA